AUGGCAUCUAGUCCGAAGAACACACCUCAUAUGAUAACUUUGAGAGGUUAGUGGCAUUUUUCUUUUUAAUUCUUCCUUUAGUUAUGAGGUUAGCUCGGCCAAAGUUCUUCGAAGGUGCCUCAAUGGGAAUAGAUCCAGCUGAUGAGUUCUCUGGACUUGUUGAUCAAGUUGUUUGCAAAAGUACGGGUAAAGAUGGUAUGGAGUUUCCAGUCAGCGGGUUUCUGAUGGCUCCUCGAAGUAUUGAGUACGUCUGAACGUUGUAAACAAUUUGUUUUGCAGUAAUAUCUAUUUGGGCGAAACUUUUACCUUCUACGUCGCUGUUUUGAAUGAAAGUGGACAAAAAUGUCAAGGAGUUAAGCUACAAGUAAGUUUUGUUUCUAUCACUGCUACAAUAACAAUUGCUUAAGACGGACAUACAAACACAAACUCAAAAAGUGGCACUGGACAGCAAGUUGAAUGUGGGACAGAAUCUAGACCCAAAAACGUUUUUAGGACACACUGUUUCACAUGAGAUCAAAGAAGUGGGACAACAUAUGUGAGUCUACACAAUGUUAGGGUUGUUUUAAUGAAAGGAGAUAGAGUUACGAUGUAUUUUUCAGUUUGGUAUGUACGGUGACUUACUAUGUGGACGAGAUUGAAUAUUCGUUUCGCAAGUUCUUCAAGUUUCCUGUACAGAAGCCGAUUGAUGUCCGAACAAAGUUCUUUAACACUGAAGACCACUUGGUAAGGCUUAUUAUAUCUUUUUAUUACUGUUUAGAACAAUGAUGUGUAUCUCGAAGCUCAAAUACAGAAUCUGUGUUCUAAUCCGAUGAUAAUGGAGAAAGUGGCACUGGACCCUUCUGAAUUGUACGGAAGGAAGGAGCUUGUGUCUAGUGAACGGUAAGAUAACAUUUUAUGUGAUAUUUUGUUGAUUCCAAGUUGAUAUAUGGUUUUCAGUUUAUUAUAGUUAUUUUUUAUUAUUUAGUGAUUCUCCCAUUCAUCUGGAUUCUGGAGAAGUGCAUCAGUAUUUAUUCUGUUUAUCUCCAAAUACAUCUGAUCAUUGUUUCUCAGACUUCCGAGGUGUUACGACGAUUGGGAAGCUGGAUAUGUCAUGGAGAACAACAAUGGGUGAACCAGGUCGUCUUCAGACUAGUCCUUUAACUAGGGUAUCACCUUCGUACGGUGACAUUCGGCUGCUAAUUGAGUCGAUCCCGGGCACCGUCCAAAAGCAUAAUUUGUUUAGUGUAAAGUGCAAGGUCUUGAAUUGUUGGUAAGCUGUUUAUUCUUUUAAUUUUUUUUCAUUCUUUAAUGUAUUAGGUUGUUCACAUAAUUCUUCGCCCCCUUAACCCAAAAAUUUGCUUUGAGAGGGGGCGCAGAAUUAAGUGAACAACCUAAUAAUAUUGGUUUUGUAUGGGGAGGGAACAUCAUUAUCAUACGGUAAAUGUCGUACUUUAGCGAGCGCUCAUUAGACUUGGUAUUAACACUGGAUAACUCUGAAGAUCGACCGUUUCUGUUAGCGUCGUUAAGUGGAAUACAUUUAGGACAAAUUCAACCAAAUGCUUUUGUACAGUUCGAAGUAGAAGUGUUGCCGCUCAAUGAAGGAUUACAGGUAGGGCUUAUAACAGUAUUUCCUGUCAAAAUUUAUACGUUAUGCUGUUUUAAUUAAAAAAUGUCAUAAGCAUGAUAAAUAACGCUUAUAAGCUAAAGUAAUACUUCUUUACCAAAACAGUCUAUUUUUAGUCGCUUUCUGGCAUCAGAAUCACAGAUUCAUUUUUAAAACGUACAUACGAACUGGAUGACAUUGCUAAAGUGAUGGUAACUGAAGAAAACUAA